AUGAAGAUUCUUGUAAUACUUUGUGUAGCCUACCUUUCGGGGCUCUGUAGUUGUGAAAGUUUAGAUGACAUAAUUGCCAAAUUUGAUGGUGAAGUGGCACAGACCAAAAGGCUUCUGGAAGAUGCUCAAUCUUCUGAUCUUCCUCAAAAACUUACUGUCUCAUCUGACCCAGGUAGUGUUACUAUUCCUGUUGACGUUACAGCUGAAGCUGGAGGCCCUAGUGGUCAAAUUCCCGGUCAACAACCUCCUGGUCCAGAACCUCUAAGCAUCUUCCUCCUAGUUCCGACGUUAAAGAUGAUGCUGGUCCUACUAGUAAUGAAAAAGACUCUAUUCUUCCUGGUAGAAGUACAGUGA